AAAAUACGAAACAUUUGUGAUUGCAUUUUCCCGCCUUUUCAUUAUUAUCAUAUCGUCGAAUACGAGACGCGCAAAGCUAUAAAACAAUAAAAUAUAAUAAUGGACAUCGGCACAUCGCUGAAAUUGCUCAUUCACUUCAUCUGUUCAUUUCUUGCGUGUCGCGACUCACGUCUUCUAAAUUAAUGUUUCGGUGUUAGACGGCUGUUAUGAAUUAACGUUAUUGUCCAACAGUCGUCAAUAAAUUAAUGAUAAUCAUUUCAAAUUAAAUUAAAAGCAAGCUGCAAGUAUAGCUAUAGUUUCCCUCCACUAGUCUUACUAUACUCUGUACUAAUAAUUAUAAAUUAUAAAACGACAAUUUACGGUUAACGAUAUAAUAAUCAUGGCCGACGAUCAGUUUCCUGACUACCUUAAUGUCUACUACAAGAAAUUGUUUCCAUAUUCGCAGUUUCACAAGUGGCUUUCUUACGGAAACGUAAAACCAGAGAAUUUUAUUAAUAGAGAAUUUUCGUUCACCUUACAUGAAGAUAUUUAUAUUAGAUAUCAAUCGUUUAACACACUGCAAGAAAUGGAAACAGAAAUUCAAAAUAAAUGUCCUUUUAAAAUAGAUAUUGGAGCUGUGUUUAAUAUGAGUCCCAAAGUCUGCCGAAAUUAUCCUCAGUUUCAUGCUCUUGAAAAAGAAUUAGUCAUUGAUAUUGAUAUGACUGAUUAUGAUCAAAUCCGUACUUGUUGUUCAGGCGCUGAAGUGUGUCAAAAAUGUUGGAGAUUUAUGGUUAUUGCUGUAAAAAUAUUGGAACGAGCAAUUCGGGAUGAUUUUGGAUGGAAGCAUUUGCUUUGGGUAUUUUCAGGUCGCCGAGGUAUCCAUUGUUGGAUAUGUGACGAAUCUGCAAGAAAACUCUUACCUUCUGAACGUGGUUCAUUCAUUGAUUAUUUAGCUUUAUUAUCUGCUGGUGAUUCAAAACGAUGUAAUAUAAAUCAUCCAUCAGUAAAGCGCAGUAUUUCCAUUAUAAAAGAAGAGUUCAAUUCGCUUCUUUCUGAACAAGAUUUCUUAGGAACAACAGAACAGUGCAAUAAAAUUUUGUCAUUUAUAGCAGAUGAAAAAAUUAAGGAACAAAUUAAUUUACAAUUUUCAAAGUAUCAAAGUAGUGUACAACGAUGGGAAGCACUUACUGUUAUUAUUAAUAACAACCAUAAAAGGGGGUUAUUAAAUUUUAAAACUAAAUAUUGUGUGGAAGAUAUUUUGUUGUUCUUGGCAUAUCCAAGACUUGAUGUGAAUGUAACAAAGGGAUUAAAUCACUUGUUGAAGUCUCCUUUCUGUGUUCAUCCAAAAACUGGAAAAAUUUGUAUACCAAUUAAUCCAAAAGUUAUAGAAAAAUUCAACCCUAAUACUGUACCCACAAUUAAUGUUCUAAUUGAUGAAAUUAAUGAAUAUGACAAAAAACAGAAAGAAAUUAUUAAUGAUGCAAACUUGAGCAGUAAUCGUUUGAAAGAUUAUAAAAAAACAUCAUUAUUAAAAAGCGUCAAUAUCUUUGAAGAAUUUUUAAGAAAUUUAGAAAAUACUUGGAAAGGAAGUAGAAUAAAACAGAGUGAUAUUAAAAUGGAAUUUUAAAAUGUACAUUGUAUUUACUGUUAAAAUAUUUAGAACUCGCUGAAUGAAUUUGCUACUGUAUAAUCAUCAAGAAUUUUAAAAUAUAACAUUUUUUUUUUUUUGGAAUUAUAUGUAUUUUAUUCCAUACUUUGUUUUGGUUGUAUUACCCAUAUAAUUGUAAUUUAGAGAGUUUGCAACACUCAACAAAUAUUUAGAUAAUAAAAGUAUGUAUAAAUGUAAAUCAUAUGAUCACAUUUGUAUCAAAUUCUACGAUAUUAAUGUGUGUUUGUUUUGUUAA